CACAAGCUCGCUUUGACCUUUAUUGCAACGAAGAUGUCGUUGUUUGGUGGUAGCGCCGCGCCAUUUCGCUCCUCUUACGUAUCUGAUGCCUCGUCAUCCCCUUCUUCUUCUCCUUCUGCACGCUCAUCGCCGUCAGUUGAGGAGGUCUCAGACCCGCGCGACGCGCAAGAAGCACAAAAUCUCCAUGUGCCGAUAUCACUCGACAUAGACGAUGACCUAGACACCCAUAGCGGGUCCGCACGGGACGACCCCGACGAAGAGGAAGAAGAAGACGACGACGACGACGACGAACCAGUGCGCCCGAACCGCUUUCUCGGCCAACCCCAAGCAUGGCAGAGCCUCACCGAGGCCGAUCGUCAGGUAGCAGAUUCGCUCGCUCAGAUCCAAGACACAGAUCUUGCGACACAUCUGUACAACGCCCAUGCGCUCAAGCGGUGGUUACGACGACCCGAGGAAGCCACGGCGCAGCUCGAAACCUGGCAGAGUAGGGACAACUGGCUGAAGGCUGGCAAAGACCUCGAAUACAAGGAUGCGGCAGGCUUCGUGCAGACGGCAAUGGUGCCUUCCAAAGAGUGGACGGCAUGGCCACUGCCCCCAGCAUCACUCUUAGACUCCGACGACGAGCUGGGCGAUAGCAUGGCGGACGGUCAGACCGUCGAAUGGCCUUCUGUAGGCAUAGGCACAGGCACACAAGAUGUAGGAGAUGAGCUCCGAGACGAACUUCAAGCUGUAUUUUUACGACUGGCCAAAGAGAGAUGGAACUCCCGGGAAGCGGCCUCGUCUGAAUCCGACGCCGGGGACUACACAACAGCUUCACGCAGCGAGUCACGAUCUCAAAGCGCCAGUUGCGCACAGUCGCGCUCUACGUCCAUGGCUCCAUUUCCACCGGAAGAUGAAGACGAAGCACACGACGAUAGCGACGACGAUGAACGCCAUCAUGCGACUGGAAAGAAACGUGGCAGGAAACCUCGUAACGAGAGACUCACCGAGCCGACUUUGCUGGCCGACGACGCGAGAACACAACGGCUUCUACAGCCAACGAUCCGGGCCAUGAUGGGAAAGCUAGACGAGCUUGCACUGGCUAUCCGCCGGACUCGUGCCAACCAUUUCGGUCGUGGCGGGUCGGCAGAUUCCUCCAUGAGUGACUUCACAUCAGGUGCAGAGUCGAGUGCGCCGGAGUCAAGGUCUACAUCACGAGCCCGAUCGAAGGGUGGAACAAGUCGCAGAUCAAGCACGCGAAGGAGAUCGCGUGCAAGAUCGGCGCGAGCUGCUUACACAGCACAACCAGGAACAAAGACUGCCAAAGAUGGAAGAAGGCCUCCAGAUAGUGAUGCUACCUCAAGUGGAGCAUCUGACUGGGAGGCGUCCAACAACAUAACCCGCGAACGAAAACGUCGCAGAUCCUCAAGCAGCAUCGGUGGUAGUGAUGUCUCAGAAACACAAGAACUGCAGCUGAGGGAAGGCCUUAUGGAUUGGAGUGAAGUGCUUGGGUUAGCUGCUGUACAGGGUUGGGACAGAGAAGCUAUUGCACGUACAGCUCAGCGUUGCGCAGCUCUGUUUGGUGAGAGCAUGUCAUUUAUGCACUUCCACGAGACUCUUGCUUUGAAGCCUGCUUCCGAGCCUGUGUUCUACACACCUUCAGCUAUAUCGCCGCCGGCCGUCUCCUCAAUCCCGCAGCCUCCAACACCUAAACGGCCCUUCUUCCAGAUCGGCACAUUGCGUUGUCCGCAUGUAGAUUGUUAUGGGCACGAAAAAGACUUUGCUCUACCUUAUCGCGUGGUCGAGCACUGCAUACGAGUCCACGGCUAUGACCCUAGAACCAACGAUUCUGACAACGAAGAGCGGACGUUUGGUGGUGUGCACAUCGAUGGAUUCCUACAGCCUGUCACGGCGAAGCCAGGAUGGUUAGGAAAUGGGCGGGCAAAGGCGGAUGAUCAUGCGCUGGACGCGUAUAUGAAUAAUACCCCUCCGACUACCGGCCUCACGGCCGCUCCGCCGCAGUACUCGCAUUACACCCCUUUGCGUUACGCUUCUUCCAUAACCGUACCUGUCGAGUACCCCACGUACAUGCAGUCCUAUUCCGACAGCCUGCUCCCGCCAAUGUCGAACAUGGAAAACAUCCCACCUACGGCCGCAUUGUGGUCAAACGACGCAUCAGAACAGAGGCCAAUAAAACGAAAGUCAGAUGAAGAACAUCCUGACGCCUUCAGAAAGCGACCAAGACAAGCCAUAUCGCCAAUCAGCCCUAGAGUCCAUUCUGCGACGCAAGACCACGCCCGAGCCUAUAGUGGGCCUCAGUACGGAACUCAGCACAACCCAGUCGAGAUACUUUCGAGCCCAGAGCCAACGAAAAGCAUACCAAGGCAACGGAUGGCGAACUCAAAACAACCUGUCCUGCCGCAAGAUCUGCGGAAUGCUGGGCUAUAUGUUCAGGAGCCCAAUCUCUCCGCGAAGAAGAAUGUAUACUACGCGGUAGCAGGUGGGAAAGUGCCUGGUAUUUAUACAAACUAUGAUACCGUUCUCGAACAGAUUAAAGGCUACAGUGGUGCUUGGCACAUGAAGUUUCGUACCAUAGACAAAGCAUGGAAAUAUAUGAACGAAAACAGAUUCCACGUCGAAAUAGCGCUCCAGCGCCAAAGGGAGCGGCAGCAAGAGUCCUACAGCUUUGCUCCGACAUACCAUGCGCAUAGGGCUCAGCGUACACCUUCACCUCCUCCAAUGUACACUCACCCCCUUCCAACCCCAUCUUCCAAUCGAUCCCAGGGAUACGCAAACUACGAUCUAUCACCUUCCAAAGCAGGACACGUUGUAAGGCAGUCGCAGCUUGCAGCAAAUUCUCCAAGACCGAACACUACCGCUAACAAGAACGUUUCUGAACCCGAGAUUAAAUUGAGCGCAGAACAGCAGAGAGUCGUAGAUCUCAUCGUGGACGGCGGGAAAAACGUCUUCUACACUGGGUCUGCAGGAUGUGGCAAGUCUACUAUUUUGAAGGCUUUCGUUCCACUGCUCGAGAAGCAAGGAAAGAACGUUCGCAUUGUAGCGCCAACUAAUCUCGCCGCGUUUAACGUAGGCGGACAAACAGUCUGCAAUUUCGCUGGUUGGAGACCGGACAGAAUGAACCAAUCGUUGGAUGAGUUGAAGAAAGCCGCUCACCAAAAAAAUGUUUGGAAGAGGUUCAACCAGACCGACGUACUAGUCAUUGAUGAGAUCAGCAUGAUUGAAAACCUCCAGUUUGAGCGAUUGAACGAAGUCAUGAAGGCCAGCCGCGCCGGUAAAGCCACUGGCCCAUUUGGCGGCGUUCAAGUCAUUGUUACCGGAGACUUUUUCCAACUUUCACCUGUGAACCCCUUCCAGCACUGUAUUGGAUGUGGAAGACAGCUCAAUUCUAAAGAGAGAAAAGGACAUCGUAUUUGCAAGAACCCUGAUUGUAACUGUGAUUUCUGGCUAGACACCGACAAGUGGGCCUUCAGUAGCGAAGCGUGGCGGGAUUGUAAUUUUGAACAUAUCAAUCUUACAGAAAUUCAUAGGCAAGACGACAGGAAGUUUAUCUCUAUACUCCAGAAGAUUCGCAGAGAUGGUGAGAUUGUUAGGCAUCACGCAAAUAUCCUGCUCAAUCACACAAAAGAAACCGAAGGCGCCAUCCGACUAUUCUCCACGCGCGAGGACGUGGACCGUGUAAACAAAGAAAAGAUUGAGAAGCUCCCUUCACGGCAACUCGCCUACAAGUGUUUAGAUAACUUCGUAUGGAAUGAUCGCGAAGAUGAAUCUUUGAAAAACUACUGUAUUCCGAAAAUAGAUGGUACCCUCCAAAAACUAGAGGGACACCGCUACGAAGCUAGCGUGCAUCUGAAGGAGGGCAUGCGUGUGAUGUUACAGGCCAAUCUUGAACCCAACGCUGGCCUUGUGAAUGGCUCCCAGGGCUCGAUCAUCGGCUUUGAGAAAUUUGACCCUAACAAGCUACCCCGCGCAGCAAACGGCAAAGGCGAUUACGGUGAGCUCAAAGGUACUCAUGCCAAAUACGCCCAGGGGCAAAUUAAGGAAUACGCCAUUCAGAACGGCCACCAGCCAUGGCCAGUUGUUCAGUUCGACAACGGCCGAACUAAGGUCAUCUACGCGGACUGUCCUUGCAACGAACUCGGGAAUGUUGGCGAGCAUGGAGACAGGAGCAAGCUCAGCCUGUUAUCGAGGGCACAGAUUCCACUUGUCGCGGGCUAUGCCAUUACUAUACACAAGUCGCAGGGCAUGACGCUGGAUCGCGUGAUUGUCGAUCUCAGUAAGACUUUUGAAGCAAGCCAACUCUACGUCUCUCUCAGUAGAGCACGCUCGCUCAAGGGUCUCGAAGUUGUGGCACUUCCAACGAGACCUCUGGGAGGUGCCAAUCCGCAGGUCAGGGAAUUCUUCAAUACAUACCUUGACCCGAAUCAGCCCCACCCAUCAUCCCAGACGCCGCACGCAUCACAGGCUUCUCAGUCAUCAUAG